AUGCCUUCCACUGAACUCAGCACGUCUGUUCGUUCCACCUCGGAGAAAUCACACAAGUCCAAGCUCAGUGAAAUCGAGGAUCCUGAUGGGGAGUUUGGCGGCACGGAGGCACGAAAGGUACUGGAGAGAAAGCUGUUGUGGAAGGUAGAUUUGAGGAUGAGCAUUCUCGUUGUCAUUUAUAUUCUAAACUACAUCGACAGGAAUAAUGCCGGUGCUGCACGAUUGCGAGGGUUACAGUCUGACCUGGACCUUCAUGGCACACAAUUCGCGACGUUGUUGUCAAUCUUAUAUGUGGGAUAUAUAAUCAUGCAGGUUCCAUCGAACAUGUUCUUGAACUGGAUUGGAAAGCCUUCAUUAUAUCUUCCGGCGUGCAUGGUCGUUUGGGGUACCAUAUCUUGCCUUACUGGUGCGUGUAGAGAAUUUGCCUUCAAAGGAGCUUUGCUAACGCGGUUCUUUCUCGGGUUUGUCGAGGCAGCAUUCUUUCCUGGAGCUCUGUUUCUUCUGUCUAAAUGGUAUAAGCGUAAUGAAUUAGGUCUGCGAACCGCAAUUCUAUAUUGUGGAAACAUUAUCAGUAAUGCCUUCGGGUCGCUUAUGGCUUCUGGAAUUCUUAGUGGGAUGCAAGGGAAGCUCGGCCACGCUGCAUGGAGAUGGCUUUUCUUUAUCGAAGGAGUACUGACAAUUGCAGUGGCAAUAUUGGCUAUAUUCAUACUACCCGACUUCCCAUCCACGACUAAAUGGCUGACCGAGGAAGAGCGGGCGCUGGCAUUAAGACGAAUGGAAGAGGACAGCCAUGGAAAAAGCGAGGGCGAAGAUGCAAAUGGACAUACCGGCCUCUGGAUGGCAAUUACAGAUUGGAAGGUGUGGUGGAUGGCAUUGCUACUAACUUCAUGGGUCGUUUCCUUAUCGUUCAACGCCUACUUUCCGACACUGAGUGCUACCAUGGGAUUCAACGAAACGGUGACACUACUUCUCUGUGCACCACCAUUCCUUUUUACGACCGUUAUAGCCUUUGGGCUCUCGCGUCAUUCAGACAAAACCAAUGAACGGUUUUAUCACUGCAUAGGAUCGCUCAUUCUUGGUAUUUUAGGCUUUGUUAUUGCAACCAACACGAUGAAUAUCGCUGCACGUUAUAUCUCAUUAUUCCUCAUGGCCCAGUCAUACGCCGGAUACAUUGUAUUCUACGCGUGGAUGAGCAACAGUUUUCCCUACCCCGCAUCGAAGCGAGCCGUGGCAAUUGCCAUCAUAAACGCUUUCUCUCAGUUGGGAAAUGUGGCUGGAUCGUAUGUUUGGCCUGCUACCUGGGGUCCGACGUACCGAAACUCCUACGGAAUAUGUAUCGCGACAUCUGGGCUUGCUGUUCUCAUGCUCUGCGUUUUAAAAUGGCAUUUCACCGUGGUAAAUGAAGGUUUGGACAAAGAAGAAUUGAGGAAAGGCGUAAAGGAGAAAGGAUUCCGCUAUAUGGUAUAA